CGGGUUGUUAUUCUAGUAGACAUAACCUGAAAGCCGCGCAAACCAGAUCACUCUAUACUUUUUACACUUGCUCAAUCUCUAAAGCUAAUUCGGAAACUUUGGAAUGGGAGUAAAGCCCGACGAACCAAUCUCGAUAGUAAGCAUUGGGCGGGCGAUAGGGAGGACGGUCUCUGGAUUGAUUUCUGCUGGCAAGGCAUAAGAGCCGUUACCUAUGGCCUGUGUGGUCUUCUGCGGAAUUACCCAAUGAAUGUCUCCUAACGCCGCGACGGGGACCGACCGGUAGAAGCAGACACAAAUUGACUCACUACAUGAACUGCAUAAGCAAUAUCUGGACGAAUAACAGUAAUAUAUACCAGACCCUUAUUACCUCCGUAGAAGUCACAUUCUGGGGAGGCUCGGCUUCUACCCAGGGCAGAAGGUGGAGAAGGCUGGACCGUAGCUACUAUACUAGGAUAAAAGUAUGACCUCUUUAAGAUCUGGGAUAGAUCUUUCCGAUGAUAUCCAUGGCCCACCCUCGAAAUGGCCAAGGCUUUAUAAUCGGGUAUAACUCGGAAGCCGGCUUGCGCUGGAUUCCUGCAUACCUCUGGCAGGCAUCGCAGCUCUUAGCAUGUGCUAUGUAAUCUGCAAGGACCGUAGGCCAGUAGUGGCCAUGUCUCCGGAUCUCUCGAAUUUCCCUCAGCGCGCUCGAUCUACCUAUCUUUCUGAGUUUGAUUGGUUUUCGCUCCUGCUGACCUUUCCAUUUAAUCACUGACAAAACCUACCUUUCAAUUCUUCUUACCCUAUGAGCUUUCAGCAAAGGACAGAUUUCUUGGUCCAUUGACAUCGAUCAACGAAAUAGACCUCCUUCUUUCACUUUUGUCGUUGUCUUCCAAUUCAAAUAGCCCCAUUAAGUGAGUGUUCCGCGAGAAAAGAGAGGCUGACAUCUUUUCUUAUCUAUCUAUUUUCGUAAAUGAAGAAGAUAAGUGAGAGCUUACUGACUGCAUCUUCUAAGAAGGGCUUGGAAGAAGAAAUAGAAUCUCCUUUCUUUUUCGAGAAAAGGUCCCAUCCUUCAAUAUCAUGAUUGGGUCGACCAGGCCAGAUCAUGAGUGAAAUAUCAUGAUCGGGUCGACUAGGCCAGAUCAUGAGUGAAUAGAAAAUCGAAAAUGUACAUAGCAGUUCCAGCUGAAAUACUUGGAAUAAUUCUACCACUUCUACUAGGAGUAGCCUUUUUAGUGCUAGCUGAACGUAAAGUAAUGGCUUUUGUGCAACGUCGAAAGGGUCCUGAUGUAGUGGGAUCGUUUGGAUUGUUACAACCUCUAGCAGAUGGUUUUAAAUUGAUUAUAAAAGAACCUAUUUCACCAAGUAGUGCAAAUUUCUUCCUUUUUAGAAUGGCUCCAGUGGCUACAUUUAUGUUAAGUCUGGUCGCUUGGGCCGUUGUACCUUUUGAUUAUGGUAUGGUAUUGUCAGAUUUGAACAUAGGGCUACUUUAUUUGUUUGCCAUAUCUUCGCUAGGUGUUUAUGGAAUUAUUAUAGCAGGUUGGUCUAGUAAUUAGGGGGCGGCCGUUCGGUCGCCUAUGAUACUAGGACCAAUAGGUCAAAAAUGGGUUUGUGCCGCAGGUGUUGAACGAUCCACUCUACACAGGUGUGGGCUUACAGGGCUCAUAAAGCCUUUCUUUCAUUCAUCAAUAGGGCCCUGGUCGGUCACUUUUCUGGGCCGGGAUCGAUAAGUGGAAUGGAAGUCAUAAAAAAGAUAUCUUGAUCUUCGCACCUCAGAUCAAGAGGAAGGGUAGCUUGUCAAGCUGGCCUAAAAUUUUAAUUAUUCUUAAUUAUUAUAUAUAAAAAUAUAUAUAAUUAAGAUAUAAAUAAAAAGAUUCGUUGUCUUUUACCCGGCUGUUCUUCUUUGUCAACGCUACUAAGGACCUAUAGGUUCGCAAUAAUUAAAAUUGGUUAAAAAGAAAGGGCGCUAUUUAGCCCUACAUUAGUAGAAGUAAGCGGCUGAGUUAGCCUAGCCUACCCUAAAAGUGGUAUAGUAGGGUAUAGUAGGCCAGCGAGUUAGCGAAGACGCUUAGGCUAAUAGAAAAGAGAGCGUCGGUGCGUAGCCUUCAUUCUACUACGCUACGAAAAGGUUACGAAAUCACUUAGCUCGACGUUAGGAGAGUCAAGGGGGAACGCCAUACCUACAUGAACCGCUGUUCGCUGACUUUCUAAGGUCUAACCUUUCGCCCCCUA